UCCUGGCAUCGCCUGAGGAUUGGCCCCUAGCAGAGCCUAUGGCCAAGCCCAGGCCUGCGGCAUCGCUGCAGGAGCAGCUGAAGGGCAUCGUGCGGGACAUCCACAAUGCCAUUGACAGGCUGCUGUCCCUGACCCUGCUGGCCUUUGAAGGAUUGAGCACUGCUGCUGGCAAGGACCAGUGCCUGGCCUGUAUCGAGGAUGCUUUCUUCCCUCCACUGUGGGCCCCGCUGCUGGCCCUCUACAGGAACGUGCACCGGCCCCAAGAGGAAGCCCUGGCUCGCAGCAUGGAACGGCACCGCCACGCCAGCCCUGCCGACCUGGGGCUGUCCCCUCGGCUCUUCCCCACUGCGCCCGGCCGCCUGGCCUAUGGUGCUGCCAUCGACGAGUUGUGCCUCAUCCCCCUGGAGACUUGUCCCCGCAGGAAGCUGGACUGCAUCGUGCGAGCCCUGCGCAGCAUCUGUGAGUGUGCCGAGGAGUACUGCAGCACCCGCGACAGCCGCGCUCCCACUGCUGGCACCAUCGGGGCGGAUGAGCUGCUGCCUCUCCUGUCGUACGCGGUGCUGCGCAGCGCGCUGCCCCAGCUGCAGUCGGAGUGCGCCGCGCUGGAGGAGUUCAUCCACGAGGGGUAGGUGCCGGGAGCGGGGCGUGCCGGCCGCCUGCUGCCCCGCGCCCACCGCGUGUGUCGGCGUGCCGCAGGUGCCUGCUGGGCGAGGAGGGAUACUGCCUGACGUCGCUGCAGAGCGCGCUGGCCUUCCUGCAGAGCCUGCCCUGAGUUGCCGGCAAGUGCUGCGCUCCUCCCGGCCGCCAGGGGGCGCCGAACGAUCCGCGACUCCGAGCGGGCGGAAUCACGUGGUGGGCGGGGCGCGGGAAGCGGAAGAACGCGCGUGUGCGGCGCGGGGCUCGGCGGCAGGCGGGGUGCGGGCGGGAAACGAGCGGCGCGGGAGGAGCGGGGCCGGGGCCGGGGCGCUCACCCGCCGCAACCGCAGGAUGUGCGCGGGCCCGGCGCUGCGGCAGGAGUACCGGCGGGGGCUGGAGCGGGGCCGCGCCCGUCCCGGUCCCGACCCCUCGUUUGGGGAACGGCUGCGGCAGCGGCUGCGGAACGAGGCGGGGUUGCUGCCGGCCCUGCAGGACGACGCCGGCGCUCUCCUGGCCCAGGGGCUGCGGUGCCGCCGCGAGCCGGGCUCGUCGCUGCGGGGUCUGGCCGCCGCCUUCGAGCUGCUGGAGCGGGCGGCCCUCAACCUCUACCUCUUCCCCUGGCGCAAGGAGUUCCGCACCAUACAGACCUUCUCAGGAGCCUACGUACACGUGCUGCGGGCUGCGCUGCCCGACGCCGAGCUGCUGCGGAGCUUGGGGCGGCUGGGCUACGUGCGGUUGGAUGAGCGCCGCCUCGCUGUGUCCCGGCCGCCUCCGGGCACCGAGCUGACCGCUGCCGCGUGCGGCUUCUUUGCCUGCCGGCUGGAGUGUGAGAUCCUGGCCGAGGUGCUGCUGCGGCUGCAGCCACGCCUGCCGCGUGCCGAGGAGCUGCUGGAUGCGCGCCGAGUCGCCGGGGAUGUGGAGGCCUGCGUGGAGAUGCUGCGGGAAAAGAUGCAUCCUCCUGGCUGCGAGGACGGCAGGGAGCUCUACGGGGAUGUGCCAGACAGCCCUGAGGAUCUCUAUUUCGAGAGGCCAGACAGUCCUGAGGAUAGUGGAGAGGGAGACACGAAUCUCCCGCUGCUGAGCUCCAAGCUGCAGGGCGCACAGGACGUGCUCGGGAGGAAUUGGGACGCCUAUGAACGCAGUGAGCUCAGGCAGGAGCUGCUCUCCUCCCCAGGCCUCCCCAAGCCAGACCCUUCCUCCUCUCGCUUCUUCCUGCAGCAGGAGCGGAGGGAGGUGGGCAGCAGCCCCCCGUUGCUCUGCCCUGUGCGGCUGCCCCCCGGGGAGCCCCCACCAAGCAGCCACACCAGGGCUCAGCCCCUUGCUGCCCCGCAGCAACUCCCCGAGCUUCCCUCCUACCAGCUGCACUCGUGCCUGCGGCAGGGCACGCUGCCUGCCUACUGCUGCACCACCUGCCAGCAGCUGCAUGCCGGUACCUGCGCGGCCGGGCUGGCUUGCCGCAGCCGGCACCGUGGGCAGGAGCUGUGCUGCGAGCGGCAGCAGCGCCUCUGGCUGCAGCGCACAGAGGUGGACAUGCUGCUGGCUGACAGCACCAGCACCCGGCCCUAGCAUGGCACUUAGCUUGAGGGGACGCUGCUGCUGCUUGUCCCUCUGCCCGAAGAAACACUGAACUCAGCCCCUGCUCCUACCGAGCCCUGCAGGGCAGUGCCAGGGAGGUGAGAGCUGGGAGGACUGAGCCCUGUUCUGGUUCCUGCUGUAAGUGGCUCGCUGCAUCCCAGUAAAGCGUGGCUGCCUUGUGA